AUGUCUGUAAGCCAAGUUCCCAUGAAAUUCGGUGUCGAGUUCGAGUUCAUCAUUCCACAAGCCCAGGGGGUUGACUCGCACCCGGAAGAUGAUCGUUUCUAUUAUACUAAAGAAUCUGACCCCCGAUUGGGUGGCGACGUUAUCGGCUCUGUCAUAGUGGGAUUCUUAGAGGACACUAUUCCGAUUGUCAAACUUGAGUACAAUAACUAUCGAACUUACCAAAGGCUCGCAAAGGAUCUAGGGAUCAAUCUUUCAGCAGGCCAUGCCCUGCCAUAUUCCCACUUUUGGGCGUGCAGUUACGAGGGCUCGUUGCAGUCAAGGCCGGAAGAGGACGUUAGAGGAAACUACAACUACUGGAGGCACCCUGCAGAAAUUUCAUCUCGUUUCCUAGGCGAGCACGAGUUCGACGAGGUUGCUCAGGUAUACAGAAAGCUUCGGGCAUCCAUGAGGAUUAAUCUGAAUAGUUCGUGCAGCUUCCAUGUCCACGUCGGCACAACACAUCUAGACCUGGUUGGAUACCAGAAACUAGCCACACUCGUGUUUAUCUGCGAGGAAUUUCUGUGGAGGUGCUGUGAAUCGUUCAGGCGCGAUGGCCCGUGGUGUCUUUCGGUCUCCAAGUACUCUCAAACGGCUUGUGUGCCUACCUCGCGCCGUCCAAGCCCAAAUAUGAGUUCUCUCGUGCCACCCGGCCUUCUCUCAGCCGACGUCCGCCGUUCACUCCUUGGAAUAUGGGCCUCACCUUCCUUACGAGAUCUUCAAGAGCAGCUACUCGUCCCAUUUGGACGUGAUGAUAUGGAGGACUUCCACCACCGGGGCGCCUUCUGCAUCCGGGACCAUGAUUACCGCGACAUAAACGCAGAUCUCUGCCCCACUGCUACCGUUGAGUUUCGCUAUUCCCACGCUUCUGGGGACGCAGAGCGAGACCAUUGUUUCGUGCGGAUUUGCAUUGCGCUCGUCAGGGCUGCUGAGCUCGACGGUCCUGAGUAUACCGCCAUGAUAGCCUCGUUCGCGAAGGGCGGCGAUUUCAGCAACUUCCUGGGCCCGCUCAACCUUCAGGAUCUGCAUGCAUACUGCAACGCGGCCGAGCGUGAGUAUGCGCGCAAGGCAGCGCAGCCUAUGGAGCCUGCUACUGAGUUUCUUCCAAGAAUCUAG